AUGGCAUGCCAGAUCCAAAAAUCCCAACACCACAAUAAAAAUCAAACUCAACCAAACCCUAACUCCACCACAAGUACCACAGCUUCAUCAUCAUCAUCAACUUGGAUGUGGAACCCUAGGGAACACCACGAAGAUGAUGACUCAUGGGAGGUAAGAGCUUUUGCAGAAGACACAAGGAACAUCAUGGGCACCACAUGGCCUCCAAGGUCCUAUACCUGCACCUUCUGCAGAAGGGAGUUCCGCUCAGCCCAAGCUCUUGGUGGCCACAUGAACGUGCACCGCCGUGACCGUGCUCGUCUCCACCAAGCGCAACCGUCCGGUGGUGCCGUCAACCACCCCACGCCGGCAUUCAUAAAUAUCCCACCUCAGGAGCUUGUAGCAAAUGCUGGAUUGUGCUUCCUCUACCAUUUGCCAAGCCCUAAUCCCACCUUCCAAGUUCCAAGUCCCAAUUCUACUCUGAAUAAUGCAAAUGAAGAAUCUCCCUCUACUCUUCUCUCCAUCUCAUCAUACCCAUCAAACAACUUGAUGAUGCAAACUUGUCCUCCAUCCUUCAAUAUUUCUUCUUAUUGCUGCAACUCUAGCACACUGGAACAACCAACAACCUCCUCCUCCGUUGAUAAUGGCCACCUCGAAGAGCUUGAUCUAGAGCUACGCCUUGGGCAUAAGCCAACACCAACCUGA